AUGCAGUAUCCCGAGUCCUCUCUCACAACCAGCUCUGUCCCGAGCAUUCUCCCACUCAGCCCCCGUCUCAUCAUCCCCAUUCCGCCUCACCUCGAAACCCGACACCGACCACACAAUCCCACCGGAACCACCCCUCGACGGCGAACCGGCCCCUACUACAGCCCCUACAAGCCAAAGCGCCAAUGGCCCCCAGAUAUGUCCAAGCUUUCCCCGAAGCACCAGUUCCGGCUCGAGCGCAAGUACCGACGGCGCGCGGCGCUCAAGUUUGCUCGGCCUAAGUGGGUCAAGGUGACCAAGUUGAUUCAGUGGGGGGUAAUUGGAUUUGUUUUGAUAUAUGCUUUGCUGUUUAUGGAGUGGGAUGAGAGGGGAAGUCCGUUCGAUGAGAUUCGACGGGCGUUCUUUUCCGGCCUUAAGGAUACUUUCUCUACUCCGCCGCCUCCACGCCCUGCCAGGAAAGCUGACGAUACUGCUCAGGAAUAG